AUCCCAGAGGACACACCACACACACACCACACACACCACCCCCACCGCCAGACAUCAUGCUGGAGUCUGAGCCUACUGUGUUCCAGCUGCAGCCUAACAUCAUCUCUGUGCGUCUCUUCAAGAGGAAGUUAGGCGGGCUGGGCUUCCUGGUCAAGCAGCGCGUCUCCAAGCCACCGGUCAUCGUGUCCGACCUGAUCCGGGGCGGGGCGGCUGAGGAGUGCGGCCUGGUCCAGGUGGGGGAUAUUGUCCUGGCCGUCAACAACAAGCCUCUGGUGGACCUCAGCUACGAGCGGGCCCUGGAGACCCUGAAGAAUGUGUCCCCAGAAAACCACGCCGUCCUCAUCCUCAGGGGCCCUGAGGGCUUCACAACCCACCUGGAGACCACCCUGUCUGGAGACGGACGACAGAGGACCGUCAGGGUCACCCGGCCAGCCUUUCCCGCCUCCAAGUCCUACGAGCGCUGCUGUCCGUUAAGCCCCCUCAAUCCAGGGAAGGGAAGUAAGGACCCACCGCAGCUGAGGGCCAUCGAGAACCUGUCACCCCCCUCGGUGACUCCAUCCUACAGAGACGCCCUGCUCCAGAGGGGAGGGGUGCAGGCUCUCAUCGCUGCCCAGGACCCCCUACUCCUGAACGGGGUGGAGGAGAACAAUGACCUGCUGAAGGAGAUCGAGCCGGUGCUGAGGCUGAUCAAAAGGGAGAUCAACGGAGAGGGACAGAGGACCAUAGAGAGCAGGGACGCUGAGGUGCAGGUGGACAGGGACCUUGGUAAGGGAAACGGCAUUUCACCCCAGCUGGCGUCUGAUAAGGACAGAGUGUGUGAAGACCUGUGGAGGAAGGACAACAACAUGCAGACGGUGCUCCACAACCCUUACUCUGAGACAGACAAGCCUUCAGCCCAGGGGAGGAUCUCCCCUAACAAGGCUCUCCAGAAUGGCAGCCCAUCCAAAUGCCAUCGCUUCAUGAAGAUCAAGAAUGUGGAGACUGGAGUCACGUACAAUGACACUCUACACCACAGCUCUAGUAAGUUGCCGAUCUGCACUGAGCGUGUGUGUUUCGGGUCUAUCAUGACACCAAGUCAGGGGAGCCGCAAGCCAGAUGAGUCUCGGACCAAAGAAGAGCUGCUGCCGCUGGCUACUGACUUCAUAGACCAGUACUACACCUCCAUCAAAAGGUUUGGCUCGAAGGCCCACCUUGACCGGCUCGAGGAGGCGACUAAGGAGAUAGAGGGUUCUGGAACGUACCAGCUGAAGGACACAGAGCUGAUCUACGGAGCCAAACACGCCUGGAGGAACGCUUCCCGCUGUGUAGGACGUAUCCAGUGGUCCAAACUACAGGUAUUCGAUGCCAGGGACUGCACAACGGCUCACGGAAUGUACAAUUACAUCUGCAACCACAUCAAGUAUGCCACUAAUAAAGGAAACCUGAGAUCUGCCAUUACCAUAUUUCCUCAGAGGACAGAUGGCAAGCACGACUUCCGGGUGUGGAACACACAGCUGAUUCGCUAUGCCGGUUACAAGCAACCCGACGGUCAGAUUCUGGGAGACCCAGCCAACGUGGAGUUCACUGAGAUCUGUAUCCAGCAGGGCUGGAAGCCUCCCAAGGGCCGUUUCGACGUGCUGCCUCUCCUGCUGCAGUCCAACGGAAACGACCCAGAGCUGUUUGAGAUACCUCAAGAUCUCAUUCUAGAGGUGCAGAUCACACACCCCAAGUAUGAUUGGUUCAAGGACCUGAAUCUGAAGUGGUACAGUCUGCCUGCUGUAUCUAGCAUGCUGCUAGAGGUGGGGGGGCUGGAAUUCACUGCUUGUCCCUUCAGUGGCUGGUACAUGGGCACCGAGAUCGGCGUCAGGGACUUCUGUGACAGCUCUCGCUACAACAUCCUGGAGGAAGUGGCCAAUCUGAUGGCCCUGGACACCAGGAAGACUUCUUCUCUAUGGAAGGACAAGGCACUGGUGGAGAUCAACAUAGCAGUCCUCUACAGUUUCCAGUCAUCUAAGGUAACUAUAGUGGAUCACCACUCUGCCACAGAGUCCUUUAUGAAGCACAUGGAGAAUGAGAUCAGGGUGCGGGGGGGCUGCCCGGGGGACUGGGUCUGGAUUGUACCCCCCAUGUCUGGAAGCAUCACCCCCGUGUUCCACCAGGAGAUGCUCAACUAUCGCCUCACGCCAUCUUUCGAAUACCAGGCUGACCCAUGGAAUCACCACGUGUGGAAAGUCAACAAUGGGACACCCACCAAGAAAAGAGCCAUCGGCUUCAAGAAACUGGCCAAGGCUGUGAAGUUCUCAGCCAAGCUAAUGGGCCAAGCCAUGGCUAAGAGGGUCAAAGCUACUAUACUAUUUGCCACCGAGACUGGAAAAUCUCAAGACUAUGCAAGAACCCUGUGUGAGAUCUUCAAGCAUGCCUUUGACGCAAAGGUGAUGUCAAUGGAUGAAUACGACAUGGUGGAUCUGGAGCAUGAAACCCUGGUGUUGGCCGUGACCAGUACAUUUGGCAACGGAGAUCCACCCGAAAAUGGAGAGAAAUUUGGAGCUGCCUUGAUGGAAAUGAGACAUCCUACAUCCAACACAGAGGACAGAAAGAGUUACAAGGUCCGUUUCAACAGCGUGUCGUCCUACUCAGACACCCGCAAAUCCUCCAGCGACGAACCCGAGCCCAGGGUCAACUUCGAGAGCACCGGACCCCUCGCCAACGUCAGGUUCUCAGUGUUUGGCCUUGGCUCCAGGGCAUACCCACACUUCUGUGCUUUUGCCCACGCUGUGGACACGCUGUUCGAGGAGCUGGGGGGGGAGCGCAUCCUACGCAUGGGGGAGGGAGAUGAGCUGUGUGGCCAGGAGGAGUCCUUCAGAAACUGGGCCAAGAAGGUUUUCAAGGCUGCCUGUGAUGUGUUCUGCAUCGGUGAUGUGAACAUCGAGAAGGCACAUGAUUCUUUGAUCAGUAACGAUCGUAGCUGGAAGAAGAGCAGGUUCCGCCUCACAUACACAGCUGAGGCCCCUGCCCUAACACAAGCAUUAUACAGCAUCCACAAGAAGAAGGUCUACGGAGCCAAGAUCAUACAGAGUGAAAACCUCCAGAGUUCGACAUCCAAUCGCUCCACCAUAUUUGUUAGACUCCACACAAAUAACGAGGACAGACUGGCGUACCAGCCCGGCGACCAUCUUGGCAUCUUCCCUGGCAACCAUGAGGACCUGAUUACGGCCCUCAUUGAGAAACUAGAGGACGGUCCACCUGUCAAUCAAAUCGUUAAGGUGGAGUUCCUGGAAGAGAGGAACACAGCACUGGGUGUGAUCAGUAACUGGCUGGAGGAACCUCGGUUCCCCCCUUGCACCAUCUACCAGGCCUUCCAGUACUUCCUGGAUAUCACCACGCCCCCCAGCCCAAUCCUGCUACAGCAGUUUGCCUCCCUGGCCACUAAUGACAAGCAGAGGAAGAAGCUAGAGACCCUCAGUAAGGGCUUGCAGGAGUAUGAGAAGUGGAAGUGGUAUAACAACCCAACCAUGGUGGAGGUGUUGGAUGAGUUUCCCUCCAUCCAAAUGCCCUCUACCCUGCUGUUAACCCAGCUACCCCUGCUCCAGCCCAGAUACUAUUCUAUCAGCUCCUCACCAGAUGUCCACCCAGGGGAGAUUCACCUCACCGUAGCCGUAGUGUCAUACAAAACCAGGGAUGGAGAGGGCCCGAUCCACCAUGGAGUAUGUUCAUCAUGGCUCAACAGAAUAGAGGCAGAAGAAAUGGUCCCCUGUUUUGUCAGAGGUGCGCCUACGUUCCGAUUGCCAAAGGACCACAGAGCUCCGUGUAUCCUAGUCGGUCCAGGCACUGGGAUCGCCCCCUUCAGAAGCUUCUGGGAACAGAAACUAUUUGACUACGAACACAAGGGGAUCAAAUCCUGCCCUAUGAUCCUGGUGUUUGGAUGUCGUCAGUCCCAGAUAGACCACAUCUACAAGGAGGAGACAAUCCAGGCUAAGAACAAGGAGGUGUUCAAAGAGCUGUACACAGCCUACUCCAGAGAGCCUGGCAGACCUAAGACAUAUGUGCAGGAUGUGCUUUGUGAGCAGCUGUCCGAGACUGUGUACCAGUGCCUGAAGGAAGAGGGAGGACACAUAUACGUGUGUGGCGACGUCGGUAUGGCCGGGGACGUCCUCAAGACCGUCCAGCAGAUCAUCAAACUGCAGGGAAACAUGACGCUGGAGGACGCUGGGUUCUACAUCAGCAAACUCAGAGACGAAAACCGUUAUCACGAGGACAUCUUCGGUGUCACGCUGCGAACGUACGAGGUCACCAACAGGCUGCGUUCGGAAUCCAUCGCCUACAUUGAGGAAAGCAAAAAGGACUCUGACGAGGUGUUCUGCUCGUAGAACCGUAAGUGGGGUUCUGGAGCUUUCUGAUGUGGACCAAUCGGAAGGGCCGUAUGCCGCAGGGGGGCGGGGAAACGAGUGACAGACACUACAUCUGAUCGAGAAUACUGUGCCAAGUUUUGUACUGUAAAAAAUGUUUGUUCUUUUUAUAUACCAGUUCAGCUUCAUCACGGUCAGUCAGGCUCUGCACUUAGUCUGUAGCAAGGUUUGAAAUAUUUUGUUUUUUUAGAAUUUUGAGAUGCGUUCUUUUGUUUAUUCCAAAAUGCAUUACAUUCUGAUUUCAUUAUGCAUAAUAAUGUGUACCUAGUAUUAUACCAGCCUCUUUGUUGAUGCAUGAGCAAGAUGACAAUAUUGGUACAUAAAUAUACUGUUAGCUAUUUAAUGUUAGAAUCAAACCCUUUUGCUAAAGUAUUUGCAGGACUACUUAUGGUGAACAAGGUCACAAUGCUUUGAUUGGAGAUUCAGUCUAAGUUCCAUUCCCAACCAACUGAAUCAAAUGCAUUUCAACAUAUACUGUACAAGGCUGAAAUGUUGUCAGUCUGAGCUGGUCUACCCUGUUUUGGUGUGUAUUAUUUUUAUUGAGAGAGAGAGAGAGAGAGAGAGAGAGAGAGAGAGAGAGAGAGAGAAUAUAUAUACAUAAAUGUGUGCAGUGAGGAACUAUGAACCAGAUUUCCUUGACAGUCCAUCAAAAUGCAUUUGUUUCUCUGUCUCUCCGCCUGGCUGUCAAGAGUAGCAGUGCUUUCUCCCUAUUUUGUGGUCUGAUUUCCAACAGGAAUUGCAUUCAAAUGUGGACGAAAGCCAUUGCAAUGUUUGAAAUGUCAUCCCGUGGGAGAGCCUAUGCAUGUGUAUCUUCUGUAUACAUUCAUAGCCAAUACUUAACAAUUACACACAAAAACCAAUGCGUAUAAUCUAGAGGGCUCUGCAUCUUCUAAAUGGUAUGCAAUAUUAUCAAGGGGGAAAAAAAUCUAUGGCACAUAUCUCUGGCUGCCUUCCUAUUUAUUCGCUAAGACCAAAUACUGAGGUAUUGGGGUGCUGUCUGAUAGCUUUGAAAGAACUUCAUAUAUGGUACAUAUUUCCAGUGGUAACUGAGUGAGGAAAGGAGUCCUGAUUCUAAGUGAAUCAAGAGGUUGGGUUGCUUUACUUUGCUUGCAGUCCUUGGCCAACCAUUACCACAGACGGAAAAGGAAGUGAGACAUACAACGCGCUCCUUCUUUUCUGGUUCGUAUACAGUCAAUGAACUGCUAAUUCAUUGGUGCCUGUGGGAGAGCCACCACUUAAUCAGACCGUUACUGUGAGAGAAAAAAUGAUAUGAUAAAUGGCCUAAGUGGGACAUCUUCAUUUAACCAUGAAACCAGAGUUAUAUAUAGCUACAUGUACAGUAACUUUCAAUGUAGAGGAACCCCUGUUUGUGCAUAGUGUCUUUCUUAUCCCCAUGUCAUCAGAUCUGGAAUAAAUAGCAGGAAUCUCAAAUGGGUGAAUCUUGAAUAGCGGAUCUUGAAUAGCUAGUUUGGAGCGAUUAACCGACCUUUCCAAUUUUGGGGGGUUAUUAAACAACUAAUUGACCGACUGUUUAAUUACUUGAAUUCCAUUUAGUUUUGUUUGUUUUGUGAGCCCACCACGCCAAUUCAAAACUUUCAAGAGAGAAAUCUGAGAAAUCAAGUCAAGAACUACACUGAACAAAAUGUUAAGUGUUGAUCCCAUGAGCUGAAAUUAAAGAUCCCAGAAAUGUUCCACACUCACAAAAUGCUUAUUUCUCUCAAAUGUUGUGCACAAAUUUGUUUACAUCCCUGUUGGUGAGCGUCUCUCCUUUGCCAAGAUAAUAAUUUUCUCUCUCUCUCUCUCUCUCUCUCUCUCUCUCUCUCUCUCUCUCUCUCUCUCUCUCUCUCUCUCUCAUUGCAUUUUAAAGAUCAAGAAAUGAAUAAUUAGAUCAUUGCAUUUUGGCUGUUGUCAUGGCAAUCCAACUAAGUCGAGUUUACUUCAUUGUAAAAGAAGGUUGAGGAUGAUAUUUUAAUAAAAAAUUAAAUGUAUGAUAUUCGUCCUUUGUCAAAGUACUGUGUUUACCUUAAUUUUCCCACUUUAGGCAAAAGGUAAUUAAACAGCCUUUUCAAUUAGCAUUAUGUGAAGGCCAUUUAGCAGGGCUGAUCUGAGUAAUCCUGUUUACAUUCUAAACAUGUGAUUGACAUUUGGUUGUGAUAAAGAAAAUAUUUCCAAUGGUCACCAACUCUGCAGUUACUUGUGUUUUUUCUUUCUUUCUUCCUUUAUUUCUUAGCUUCUUGUGCUUGCCUGCUCUCUUUCUUUAGUGUUUCCUUUGUUUGCAAACUAAAAUGGCCGCAAGCAUGAUUGAAACGUAAUGGAUUUCUGUUAUCUGAGUCUCUCUGCUACUUACUGGCGCAUAUAGAUUAAGCUUUUAACAGAAAACGUGCUGUUUUUAUUUGGGGAGAAUUAGGCGACUCUGUUCAUUGUUCCUAUUGCUGAAUGUCUUUGUUCCU